AUGAGUGCACCCAGACAAUCGUCGCCGUUAUCGGCAUCGGCAGGCCUGGAGAUACCCUGUCCAAUCAUUCAGUCAUUGCAUAAUACGUCAGAUAUCAAGUCACAAGGAGCGGCGACGGACAAAGUGUCGCGGAUGAACACCAUUCAAGAAGAAUCUACGGAGCCAGGAGACGACGACCAUUGCCUGCCAUGCUCGCAUGCACCGUUGGCGGCUGCUGAGGCUACCCAAGACGACGACAGAACCAGUCAAGCUGAUCCUGAAGCAAUUUCCGAAUAUAUUUUGAAGAUCCGAGAGGCCAUAAAGCUGCAGGGUCAGCGGCUGCAGGAGACGCAACUGGAAAGCGAGCAGCUCGAGAAGCAUAAGCGUGAAAGUGAGAAGCUGGACUUCCACAUCAAGGUUGGCGGCAAGAAGCGGCGGACGUCGUUGCUCUCAGGCGCAAAGGAGCGUGGAAGGAAUCUGGUAUCCGACGUCAAGGCCCGGAGUAAGAGGCUGUCGACUGUUUUCCCGGUGCCAACGAAGCGCGACACCGCAGUGGUCGAAGUGACAUCGAAGGAACAGGAGCGCACGUCGAUUCCCCUAGGCCUGGAAGGGACGGAGGGAGUCUACGGCCUCACAUCUCAACGAAUGAGAAUAUCUGCCAUCUUCUCUCCCAUGUGGACGAAGUUGCCCGGACAAGAACAAGAAAAGCCGAAAAUUAAGAGCAAGAACGGUACACCGACGUACAGUUCCGCAGGAGAUGGACGAACAGGAGCUAAGGGUGCCGCAUCCGCGAAGAAAUCAUAUGUUGAGGAUGUUGAUGAGACUGACAACAGGAGCGACAACGACAGCGAGCUCAUGGGCCUCCUCUCGCCACGCUCAGUGUCGUCUCAGCCGGAAAGCUUCGAUGCGUCCCAUUUCUAUACACCAAUGAUUCCAUCUGGCUCGGGACGGGAUUGUGAAUACCGUCUUGAUAGAUCACGGUUCAGGCAUGCUUUUGAUUUGUCGAGAGAGUUGGCGUCGAAGAGCGCCAGGAAAGUCGGGUCCAACGUAGGUAAUGUUCUGAUGCCACGAAUGAAGGGGCGCGGAUGGUCAAAACUCCACAAUUGA